AUGAAGACCACAUGGCUCACUAUCCUGUGCUGGACUUACAUCCGGCUGUCCACAUCUUUCCCUGUCGAUGACAGGCCCGCAUUUACACCAUGGGAUCUGGCGAAAAGAGAGAUCGAAGCAGCUAUCUUCUCCAAUCCUCUGGGACCCCAAUUUGGAGUACCUGAUGAGACGUGUCGUGGCACGCUGGAGGGCCCCAACACCGGUAGUUGCUGGAAGAUGGCAGAUGUCACAGUUGAUAAAUUCAUCGCAAACCGAAAGCCCGAGGCCAACGAAUGCGAGGUGCCCUGCCUUUUCUACACCUCGAAACUCACGGGAGCGGCAGAAAGGCUGGCCAAUUUUGUUCUGAAGGAGGUACUUUUGACGGGGGCUGCGGAAGGACCGCGCAAGUACCAAACUAUCUGGGAGCUACAUCCGCCAAAGUUCUAUCCAAACAAGAAUGACCUGGACAAGACUCCCGAGGCCAAGUGCAUCUACCAGGACCAGAGGGAUCAGGACUACGACGCGAACUUCGAUGGUUGCCAACGGCUAUACUUCAAGUCAAUGUCGAAGGCCAUGGCAAUGGAGUGCAAAGGCGAGGUCUUCUUGAUGACCAAUUCAGAUCUGAGCGGUACUCGCCCCGAAGGAAAAAAAGAAAAAGUUCCAGUGGAUGGAAUUUGGUGGCAGGUUGAAUUUCCGACACUGAUCGAUGAUGCUCGACCCGCAGACAAGAAAAUCACAAAAGUCAGUCCAGAGCCACGCCGUAGGUACCAAUUCAUGGAUGUUUAG